UUUUAACGAGUUCCAUAUUAGUCGCCGACUGGGAGGGGAGCAGCUGUCAGGUUUGGGACGGCGAAGGAGCUCACAGGCGCCAGCUGGGCUCACAAGCUCGACUUCUCAUACUGACCCCACACGUCCAGUCCAUUCAGCAGGUUUUACAUUCAGGAGCCGGAGGCUGCAGCUCAAGUUUAAGAAUCCACAGUCAUUUUCAGUUGGACAUUUGAGACCUAAAAUUUUACAAUGGCCACCAAAGUCCUCCGCUCGUCAGGGGGAAUGCAAAUGACCUCCUCUACCACCACCAUCACCACCACCAAGCUAAAGAAAGUCUCGCAUUCAAGCAAGGUGGUGGAAGAGAAAACCGAGCAGCGCAAAUCAUCCAUGACGAUGGAGUCCUUCCACCUGGUCACCAAGUCAUUUGAGAUCCCACCUGGAGAAUGCGUCCCCAUCUUUGACGAGAAGCCCAAGGCCAUCACUGUACCUGAAGGAGAACCCAAAGUAUCCUUCAAAGCUCGAGUUAGCGGCAACCCAACCCCGGAGGUGACCUGGAGCAGAGAAAGUGGGAAGCCCAUAAAGGAGUCAGCCAAGACCUUUUUUGACAGCAGCAACAAGCAGUAUGUCCUCAAGCUGAAGGGCAUCACUGCAGAUGACGCUGACAACUACAAGUGCACGGCUUCCAAUUACCACGCAGACGCCAUCUACACCUUCUCCCUUGUCGUCGGAGGAAGUGCCCAGAUGGACUUUAAAAAGAUGCUAAAGAAAAGAAGUGCCCCUGCCCCGAAAGCGGAAAAGCGACCGAUCACUGAGGAGGAGAUGCUGAAGAUUCUUUCAGGUGCAGACAAGAAAGACUACGAGAAGAUCUGUGCAGAAUAUGGCUUCACCGACUUCCGAGGAAUCUUGAAGAAGCUGAAGGAGAUGAAGAAGAAAGUGGAUGUGGAGAUGGUCAAAGUUCUGAAACCGCUUGAGGAUAUUGAGGCCAAGGUGGACACCACAGUCAUUUUUGACACCAUCCUUGAGCUUAGAGACCCCAACACUAGACUGAUGUGGUUUAAGGAAAAUGAGAUGCUGCGCAUCCAGUACUCCCUGGGCAAAUAUGAGAUGAAGCAGAUGGGAACCAAGUUCAUGCUGCAUGUUACUGGAGUCACCCUCAAAGACAGCGGCACCUACAGGCUUGAGGUUGGGGACAAAACCUUGACGGCCAAGCUGAAUGUCAUAGAUGAGCCACUGAAAUUCCUCACUGAGCUCAAGCCACUCCGCGUGACUGAGAGGCAGACGGCCGUCUUUGAGGUGCGCCUCUCCAAGAAGACGGAUCUGCCAGUGAUAUGGAAGGUGAAGGGCAAGGAGCUGAAGAGGGACGAGAAGUUCGACGUGUCGGUGUCCGAGGACGGCCUCACCUACACGAUGAAGAUCAAGGAUGUGCGCCACAGUGACAUUGGGGACUACUCCCUGUGCAUCGGUGACAUGGUGGCCUCCACGCAGCUCUUUAUUGACAGAAUCCCAAUUAAGUUUGUGAGCAACCUGAAGAACACCCGUGUUAAGGAGAAAGGCAAAGCCCGCAUGGAGUGUGAGCUCAGCUCCAAGGACGUGUUCAUCAAGUGGCUGAAGGACGGCAAGGACAUCACCCACAAUCCUCGCUACACCUUCCUGCGUGAGGGAAAGAGAGCCGAGAUUAUCAUCGAGGACUGUGACCUGGCCGACUCGGGAGAGUACGCGAUUGUGGCAAUGCAGGAGAGUGACGCCCAUGAGUAUGUCAGCUCUGCCAACCUGACUGUAGACGAGCGAUUCGCCACCGUGAAAAGUGGCAUGUCGGAUAUUCAGUCCCCAUCGCGUUCUCCAGCCGAGUUCUGUGUUGUCCUGAAUGACGAGAAGGUGGAAGGUGUAUGGCUUAAAGAUGGGAAAGAGGUGACGGAUAUGAAAGGAGUACAGAUUGUGAAGCAGGGAGCUGUGCACAAACUGAUCUUUGAUAAGGUCGGCGAUGAGCAUGAAGGCAAAUAUACCUUCAGGGCCAAAGGAGCAGAGAGUGAAGCUGUGCUGGCCAUUGCAGAUCCUCCCGUGAUUGACCCCAAUGUGUUGGAACUUCUGGGUGCCCACCCAGUGACUGUGAAGGCUGGUCACACUGCCACCAUUAAAAUCCCUUUCAAGGGCAAGCCAAUGCCCAAAGUCACCUGGUACAAAGAUGGCAUCGAGAUGAUGGAUGACGAGCGCACCAAACUGGAGAAGGAUUCAGAGAGCACCGUCCUGACUCAUAAGUGCGUGCGGGAGGACAGCGGCGCUGUCAUGCUGCGUCUGAAGAGCGACUGCGGCACCGCCAUUGCCAACCUGCACCUCAAUGUUGUUGACAAGCCAAAGCCACCGCAAGGGAAGGUUGAGUUUCUCGAGCGGACAGGCAAGUGCAUUAAGAUGAAAUGGAAGGCCCCUCGAGACAAUGGCGGCAAACAGAUCACCAACUUCAUCAUUGAGCGGCGGCUGGUCGGCAAAAAAUCAUGGAUCAAAGUCGGGGAAGUGGACCACACCACCACUUGCUUCACUAAUAACAAGGUAGAAGAAGGCCGGGCCUACCAGUUUCGGAUCCGCGCUGUCAAUGCUGAGGGCGUGAGUGACCCUCUUGAGACAGAGGAGGUCUUUGCUGGAGAACCCAUAGAUCCUCCAGGUAUGGCAUCCCAGCCACAGGUCGCGGACGUGUCCAAAGAGGCAGUAACUGUGACCUGGAGCCCACCUUCACAAGAUGGAGGGGCUGCAGUAAUGGGCUACAUUAUAGAGAGAAGAAAGAAAGGCAGCAACAUCUGGGUCCCAGUUAACAAGGAGCUGGUGCAAGAUACCAAGUAUAAAGUGGAAGGUCUCGUCGAAGAUAUGGAAUACGAGUUUCGAGUCACUGCAGUCAACAGGGCUGGCCCUGGCACACCAAGUUCAGCAUCCAACUCAGUCUUUGCCAAGGACCCUAUCCGGGCUCCUGGACUGGUUAAGGAUCUCCAUGUAGUAGAUUCCUCCAACUCCAGUAUCUCGCUGGCAUGGGAAAAGCCAGAGCAUGGGGAUGAGCCAUCAGGUUACAUCUUAGAGACGCGGGCCGAUGAUGCUAAGGAAUGGACCAAGUGCACCAAAAUCCCGAUCUCUGGCACCAACUACACUGUAGGGGGUCUGCAGGAGCGCAUGAAGUACUUCUUCCGCAUCCGUGCUGUCAAUGAGGGGGGAGUCGGUGAGCCUAUUGAGCUGGAUCAAGGGGUGCUGGCAAUGCCACCUCCGGCUCCUCCAAAAUUUAACAUUAAUGCCAAACUGAAAAAUCAAAUGGUGGUCCGAGCUGGAACUGCCCUCUGUAUCCACGUCACCUUCACAGGGUCUCCACCUCCAACUGUGACGUGGCUGAAGGACGGAAUUCCCACUAAAGGGAGAGAGACGAUCAACAAGGGCAAGGAACAUUCCCAGUUCCUGAUCAGCAGCUCCCAUCGUUCAGAUUCAGGGGUCUACCGCAUUCAACUGCGCAAUGACUAUGGUGAAGCCCACUACGAUGUCAACGUCCUUGUAGCAGAUUUUCCACGCCCGCCGACCAACCUGAAGCUGGAGGAGGAGGUCCCCAAUACGGUCACUCUGAAGUGGGACCACACUCCCGACAUCGGUCAAGAUGAUCACACCCACUACAUCAUCCUGAAGCGGGACGCCAGCACUGCCACCUGGUUCACUGCUGCUGACCGAGUUUUCGGCAAUAAGUACACCGUCACCGGCCUGCUGCCCGGCCGCAAAUAUUUCUUCCGUGUGAUUGCUCGGAAUAACAUUGGAGACAGCGACCCACUGGACUCAAAGGAGCCAUUCAUUAUCGCUAAAGAGAAAGAACAUUUCAAGCUGAACAUGAAAGAAUACGUGAGGAAGGACCUGUCGCUCAAGCCCGAGUUCAUCGUGCCCCUAAAGGACCACUCCGUAUGCCGAGGCCAUGACUGCACCAUGAGCUGCGCUUUUGUGGCCAACCCGAAUCCCCAGGUCUCCUGGUACAAAGACGAAGUGAAGAUAUCAGAAAACCCCAAGUUCUGGCAGACCACCGCAAACAACGUCUGCACGCUCACCAUCCCAACCUGCAGCCUCAAAGACAGUGGCGAGUACACCUUGGUGGUGGUGAACAGCGUGGGACAGGCCAAGUGCAAGUGCAAGCUUUCUGUGUUUGAUAAGAAUGACAAAAUCAUGCUGGACAGCUUAGCUGAACGCACUGCCAAGGGGAAGGGGAAGUACAUCAUGUGAGAUGCCGGAGGUCAAAAUGUGAAGCUUAAUCCCUCUAAAUAAAGUAGAUGACUUGUGUUUGAAAAUCUCAAA